AUGCUCGGUUUGAUAUCUUUAUCCAUCGCUGUUGGUCCGAUUACUCGUCUAUUUACGAGGCAAAUGUAUUUUACUAUUGAGAAUCGAUCGUCGUGGUCGCAGAUCGUUAAUAUAUCUGGACCUGUGCUUCAGGAACUUUUGUUUUGGUCGAGUACUGUGGACGCUUUAAACGGUUUUCGUAUCAAACACAAAUUCUCGGCAACUGCGGUUGUAUUUUCAGAUGCAAGGGACACUGGUUAUGGUGGUCACUAUAUCUAUAAUUCAGAAUUCUUUUAUUCUAAUGGGUUGUGGGAUGAAACAGAACGCGUACAGAGCUCCACAUUUCGCGAGUUAAAAGCUGUACUUUAUGUAUUAACUUCAUUUUUGUUGACUUUGAGGCAUAGAAAAGUUAGGUGGUUUUCGGAUAACCAGAAGGCUUGUAGAAUAAUUUCUGUCGGUAGUGCAAAGCCAUCUCUUCAGGAGUUAGCCAUUGAAAUUUUUCAUAUCUGUUGUCAGAAUGAUAUUCAACUACAGACGACUUGGCUACCGAGGUCCGAGAAUGAAAAAGCGGAUAUGCUGAGUAGAAUUGUUGAUACAGACGAUUGGUCACUAAAUCCCAAGAUUUUCGGCAUGUUGGACAAAAUAUGGGGCCCGCAUAGCAUUGACAGAUUUGCGUCUUGUCACAACGCUCAGCUGCCACGUUUCAAUUCAGCAGCUUCGAACCCCGGUACAGAGGCCGUUGACGCAUUUUGUCAGGAUUGGUCCACUGAAAAUAAUUGGAUACAAAAUUGGAAGGCUGAACUCAGCAACCCAGCACUGGAUGACUUCUGUGACACUCUUCCCGAUGUGAUGUUGGCGUCUAGAGCCGGUAAUACGUUAAGCAAGUACACCGGCAGUUGGCUCAGAUGGAAACGAUGGUGUCAGUCAAAUCUGUCGGCGGGCGCCGCCUGUCCAGCAAAGCCGUUGCACAUUGCUAUAUAUCUUCGGAGUUUGUUGGACAACGCAAAUACAGUUGCGCCCAUGGAUUCCGCAUUGUAUAGUAUUAGAUGGGCGCACUCAAUGGCUGGUAUAGAAUCCCCGACUUGUCAUCCAAUGGUUCGAGCUACGAUGGAGGGCUGCAGGCGCAUUCUCGCUAAACCUAGAAAGGCCAAAGAGCCAGUCUACCCAGAAAUUCUGGCCACACUGGUGUCCCAAAAGAAUCUGUCUUCGUUAUCAGACUUACGAUUGCUAUGCUUGUGCCUUAUUUCGUAUGCUGGAUUUAUGCGUAUUGGCGAGCUCUUGAGCGUUAAAAUAAGCGACAUUUCAUUUUCAGAUUCUCAUAUGGAGAUUAAAUUGCAUAAGCGAAAGAACGACAAAUUUCGAGAAGGAAGUUCUAUAAUUAUUGCAAGGUCUCCCAAAAAUACUUGUCCCGUACGUGUUACUGAAAUGUUCAUAUCUAAAUUGGGGGUUAACGUUAAUUCCGAAAGUUUCUUAAUUCGAAGACUAGUACAUACUAAGCAGGGGCUCAAGCCUCACAAUCAUUUAGGGAUUUCAUAUUCUACUGCUAGAGAUUUAAUGAUGAAAGGUAUCAAACCACUAGUUAACGAUAUUUCCCAAUUCGGCACUCACAGUUUUCGUGCGGGUGGCGCAACGGCGGCAGCUAAUAGUAACGUUAAUGAAAGGUGCAUUGCCAGACACGGAGGGUGGAAGAGCACGAGUUCAAAAGACAGAUAUAUUUGCGAUUCGCUUCAAAGCAAACUAGAAGUAUCAAAGUCCCUUGGGGUCUAA